CUCUCGCCCCCCUCUCUACCUUCGCGUGCCCCAAACCCUCGUUUCGCCCGUGACCUUCUGCAUCCCUUCACCGGUAUACAGUUGAGAUCAGAGAAAACUUGGAAGGCAACGUACGGAUCGCGGUGUGGAGAGGCCUAAAAUUCUCUUCUUUCACCUCUUUCCCUUCCCUUCUGUUACUUCCGAAAGGUCCAAAGCCGCCCGUCGUCCCCAUUUCGUUUGAUCCGCCGUUUCUGGCUCCUCCGUCCUCAUUGAUUCUUCAAUUCCAGCGUUCGCCAAUCCAGAUGGAGAGAGUUCCUUUCAGUUUGGUAAUUAUCUCAGUGGUGGGCCUUUUGUCAUGUUUGCAAUCAGCUGUUGGGAUUAGGUUUGUGAUAGACAGAGAAGAGUGCUUCUCCCAUGACGUUCCUUAUGAAGGAGAUACUGUUCAUGUUUCGUUUGUUGUGAUUAAGUCUGAGACUCCGUGGCAUUACGGCAACGAGGGCGUGGAUCUCGUGGUGAAAGAUCCAUCUGGCAAUCAAAUUCAUGAUUUUCGUGAUAAGAUAAGCGAUAAAUUUGAAUUUGCAGUUCGGAAGAAAGGCCUUCAUCGCUUUUGCUUCACCAACAAAUCUCCAUAUCAUGAAACAAUAGAUUUUGAUGUUCAUGUUGCCCACUUCACUUACUUUGAAGAACAUGCAAAGGAUGAACAUUUGUCUCCUCUCCUUGAACAAAUCAACAAGUUAGAAGACGCUCUUUACAACAUUCAAUUUGAGCAGCAUUGGCUGGAGGCUCAGACCGAACGUCAAGCAAUUGCAAAUGAAGGGAUGAGCAGAAGGGCGAUACACAAGGCACUUUUUGAAUCUGCAGCACUGAUUGGAGCCAGCGUGCUACAAGUAUAUCUCCUCCGCCGCCUUUUCGAGCGAAAGCUUGGAACCUCUAGGGUUUAGGCAACUCAGGAGCCUGCAACUUUAUCACAUUUUUCUUCCCUCUUCCUGACUUCAUUCAUAACAAAUGAGCUUAUUAUACAGGGAUUCUUCAUUCAACACUGACUUGUCUUUUUGGCUUGUUUCAGUGCUUCCCUGAUCUAAUAAUCAUGUAUUUAUGAAAUUUCUCAGUUUGUUAGAUAUUUGUCACCCAUAAUUUGUAUUGGCUUGCUUAGUGACUUAGAAUCUGUUUGUGGCAGUAACAGCUUUA